AUGCGCAUCAGCUCUGGGCGGCGAGCGGUGGCCAGAGAGCAGGCCGAGGCCUCGGCGCACCUGGGAGGGCCCGCGGUUUGCCUCACGGUGGCGGCAGGAAGUGGGGAACGCGGCGGUAGACUUAGCAGGUCGGAGGAGGACGGGAAGAGGGAGCUCGACUCGCGCCUCCGCUCAGCAGUCAAUGGCGAGCAAGGAGUCGGCGAUGAUUGGCUGCACUGUGCUUUGCGUUGCUCGGUUGGGGAACUUGGGAGACUUCGACCCAGAGGUACUGUCCGGAUUUCGAGAGGCUCUAGAGGGCACGCCGCCGAAGACGAGACACCCAAGGAGCAGGAGCGGAAGGACAGCAAGGACGUGGACGCAUGUGACAUGCCAAUGUCGCCGGCCACCGGCGACAUGCCAGAGCUUUCCGUCCUUGUCCGUGCCCGCAUCCUCGCGUUCCAAGAGAAGAUCGAAUGGAGACGAAGCAAGGGCCGUGACGCCAAGGUAUCGCCCCUGUGGCCACCGGGAGGCGAGCAGAAGGCUGUGGUGUACUUCCUGAGCCUCCGCGGCAUGCGCAAGACGUUCGUGGACUGCUGCGCCGUGCGCAGCAUCCUGCGCAGCUACGGCAUGCGCCUAGACGAGCGCGACGUCUCCAUGCACGCCAUCUUCAAGGCCGAGCUCGUAGAGCUCCUUGGGCCCGGCUUCGCAAGCGCCGCGCUCCCGCGUGUGUUCGUCGACGGCCAGUACCUCGGCGGCGCCGAGGACGUGCACUUCCUGCACGAGGCGGGCGAGCUCAGGCGCGCCCUGGAGGGGUGCGAGGCCGCGCCCUCGCGGAAGCUCGGGUACAUGGAGGCGUGCGCCGCCUGCGGCGACGUCCGGUUCGUGCCAUGA